CCCCCGCUGAGUCUGGAAUUUCCCCUCCUCCAUCCCGCCCCCCCGAGCGAGCAGCGCCCGCAGUUUAGGGGGAUCCCGCAGCGCCCCCCAACCCGCCGCCGCCAGGGGUCCCAGCUCCUGCACCAUGGGCCCGACCCAGCGCUGCCUCCUCUGUCUCAAAGUUGAGCUUUUCAUCUUCAAUCUGAUCUUCUGGCUGGGCGGCUGUGGGGCGCUGGGCGUGGGGCUCUGGCUGGCUCUCUCGCAGGGCCGGUUCUCGGCGCUGUCGCUCUCGCUCCCGUCCCUGGGGGUCGCCGGGCUGGUGAUGGCCGCCGGCGCCGUGGUGAUGGCCGUGGGCUUCCUGGGCUGCCUGGGGGCUGCCACCGAGCAGCGCUGCCUCCUGCUGACGUUUUUCGUGGUUCUCCUCACCAUCGUCCUGCUGGAGCUGAGCGGGGGCCUGGCCUUCUACGCCUGCCGGGGGCAGUUUGACAGAUACGCUCAGGAGGACCUGAAAUCGGGGCUGCGGCGAUACGGGGCCCCCGGGGAGCCGGCGCUGACCCAGGCCUGGGACACGGUGCAGACCGAGUUCCGGUGCUGCGGGGUGCAGAAUUACACCGACUGGUUCGAGGUGCGAAACGGGACGGGGGUGCCUGAGUCCUGCUGCCUGGAGCACGGUGCUGCCUGCUCCGGCCUCGACGCCGCCUGGUGGAAGGAGCCCUGCUAUGAGAAGGUGAAAUCCUGGGUCGGCGAGAACGUCUGGGCCAUGGGCAUUUUCGCUGCCUGCAUUGCUGUCAUCCAGGUCCUGGGCCUCAUCUCCUCCAUGCUGAUGUACUGCCAAGUGCUGAAAGUGGAGAAAUAUUACCACUGACAGGGGGCGCCUGGAGUCUGCCGCCCCCCAGUUCCUCUUACAGCCGUUUCCCCCUCAGCCUGGCCGCCCAUCACCCACAGAGCAAGGGGUGCACCCCCCUUACAUAGCUUGGGGGGAGUCACAUCCUACAGCGGGGGGGAGGCUUCGAUUCCAGCCUGGCCUGAGCCCAUUCUCCCCAGCCCACUAAUACCCCCCUGCAGCUUAGAUGCAGUGGCGGGUAGUUCCACUGGCUCAGGUGGGGCAAGGAGAGCCCCCUGCCCCCCCGGCCUGCUUGGGUCCCCCAUGGCCACUCAUAAAUGCAGCCUCUCCUCUGCCCCCCUGUCCUGCUAGCCAUACCCCCCCACCCCCCUGCUGCUAUCCUGCCCCACGCCCGGCACAAUAAAUA